CAGGUAAGAACGUUUAAUAUUCACGCUGCUGAUGUGAGAAAUGCUUUUCUUUAUUACGGCUGCAAAAUGAAACAUUUAUUAUUGUUAAUUUAUUACGUGUUAAUAAUAAUUUAUUAACACUGUCGUGUAAAAUAUGCUUAAACUAAUAUAAUGAAUAAAUGUGUUACUAAACUGAAAGUGAAAGUUUAUAUCUUGCACCAAAAACACGAUUCUUAUCUACAUUUUCGGCAUUUAGCAGACACUUUUAUCCAAAGCGACUCACAAUUAUGACCUGAACAUGAUUUUGAGCAGUUGAGGUUAAUGGUCUUGCUCAGGGGCCCAACAGUGGCAACUUAGCAGUGGUGGGGCUUGAACCGGCAACCUUCUGAUUACUAGUCCAGUACCUUAACCACUGAGCUAUCACUGCCCCUGAAGAUAAAAUUCUGGACUAUUAAUGUGCAUCUCCUUAUAUUCAGUGAUUCAUUUAUUUAUGUAACUAUUCAUUUGUUAGUUAUGAUGCUGUAUAUCACAGUGUUAUUAGAAAGAAACCAUGUAAACAGGAAACACUGAUCUAAAAGCACUGAUCUAAUGUAAAAGAAUAUUGCUGAACUGUGAUAAUAACAUGAAUUACAGCCCUAAGUGGAGAAAAAGACAUAUUUUGUUUAUACUGACGCCAUUUCUACCCAACAGUUACAUUCAUGUAAUAAACAAUGAACAAAAUUAUUAUUUUUUGUGGCAGAGUGGCGCAAAGGGUAGUGCUGUUGCGUCACAGCAAGAAAGUCCUGGGUUCGAUUUCUUAGCAGGCUGGGUGAGCAGGGGUCAGUGUGGGUUUCCAUCAGGUUCUCCGGGUUUUCUCUCACACACGCAAAAACAACUGGAGCUGCAAAAUUUACUCGUGUGUGUGUGUGUGUGUUCUGUGAUGGACUGGCGACCUGUCCAGGGUGUUUCCUGCCAUUUGCCCAGUGAAUUAGUAUUUUGCAUAGAAAAUAGGACAAUCUGAUUUUUUUGCUGUUCUCACUCUUUAACGGUUCUAACAGGCACAUCAGUUAUACAUCAAUAACAUCAAAUAAAUAAAAUAUUCUCAUAUUUAUAGCAACAGUAUGGUGAAGGGCCUUUCCUUUAUUUCUGUGCACAAACAGCCAUUUUCAAACAGUGUUUUAGUUUGUAAACCUAAUCACUCUUUUUUGUCUUCAACAUGCCGUGCCAACAUCUGAGGGCGUGUCAGGCUGUAGAGGAACAAGAACGUUCUCUUAUCACAAAUAGUUGAUCCAUACUACCUGUACAUCUGUAACAGCUGCACAAAUCCUCACAGGUGAAGAUGGCGUCCCCCGCCGAACGGUUCCUGAAGGUCCACAGGAGUGAAAUCGUGGGCCGAGUGAAGAGCGUAAACGGUCUGGCUGAUUGUCUGCUUGAGAAGGAAGUGAUUUCUAAGGAAGCAUUGAAUGAGAUCAGUAGCCAGAAACCAGAAGAGGAGCAGAUGAGGACAGUUUAUAAGCAUCUGAACAGCAGUAAGGCCUAUGAAUUAACAUUAGAAUGGCUGAAGAGACACGAGUCUCAUGUGAUGGAAGAUCUGGCAGAAAAGACAGAGACUCCGGAACCGAGCCACUCGAGAGAAAAAAGACAGAGAAUCCAGAACCAUGAAGCCAUGGAUGAAACAGAUUGUGAUCUCCAAACAUCACCAGAUCUCAAGACCUUAUCCACCAUGGCCAAACUGGACGACUGGGUCUCUGAUCCUAAAAUCAGUGAAAAACUGGUUAAUGACCUGAAGGAGAAGCUUGCUCAGGGUGAAAUGGAGGGUUUGGAGGAUUAUCUGAAGGACAUAAAGCUGAAAAAGAGUCUGUGUCUCACUGCUAAAGAGAUCAACGAGAUCAGACAGAGAAAAGAUCUUCGUUCAUUUCUUACAGACGUUAAAGGAGCCAAAUUUCCUAAAAAUACACUUGACCACUUUUUUGAGAAGGUCAGAAGUAAGGCCUCAACAGCCAAGAAAAAGCCUGAACAGUACAGUAAUUACGACGACUCCAUAAACCAUAAUGCAGAUGAUUUGAACAGCAGUGGAUACGGAUCUUCAUGCAGCUCAAGUUUUAAUAGCAGAGUGUUUCCUCACACUGUGUUCCCAAAUGAGGACGUGUUCAUAUGUGAAGGUGUCACUGAUGUCAGUCACACACACAACAUGGAGGUCACGGAUUACGAGUCCAAAAGCGCAGACCUAGACUUCAAAGCGGACGUUCCACACCCAACAGAAAACGCAGAUCAGAUUCAGCAAGCUGUCAGAAGCAGUGGAGGAACCAGGGAAUUAAAAGAAAAGCAGGAAAUGGACGACACUGACUGUCCUCCUCAAACAUCCUCUCAAAACCUUUUUUAAUGUUCCUCUGUUUGCCAAAAAGAGCAAGUUGUCCAGCUACAGUCCAAGCUACAGGACAAAGUCGAUACCUCAUUUGAAGAAAGAGCGGUGGUCUGGUUGUGGAAGGUUUGGAGCCAGAAGAUAAGCAGCAGAGCAGUUACAAUCAUGGAGAUGAUUUUGAUGAGCCGGAUGGACCACAAGGAAUGAUCAUUUUUCCAAAGCUUGAAGACGUUCCCCCUAGUACUUGGAGCCGAGACCUUCAACUACAGUCCGCAGAUGGUGGACGGCUAGAAAAACGCACGGACACACUAAGGAACACGGGUGAAGAGCUUAAGAAAGCCAACUGCUCCAACAUGUCUUCAUUAAAGAACCCAAAACCAAAAAGAGAGAAGAGGAGGAACGUGGAAGGACAGCCGAACAGAAGAAUCGAGCAGUACGGCACUGUGCUUUGUAACUGGUUAAUGAAUCAAUGCAGCGGCAGUGAGGAGGAGUUCAAGAAAUUAUUCGACCGUAUCUCAGUAAAACACGUAGUAGAACACAGCGAGUACCCGUUCUUCAUAGCUGAAAACAUCACAGUGUUUAAGAACCCACAAACUGGUGAAGAACAGAUCAUCGUCGUGAAGGAUGAGAAGAAGAACUCCACAGAGACCACAAGUCUGAUCCAUUAUCAGAUGUUUGUGUGUGACAUUCAGAAAACUGUCCUCUUAGGUUCUAAAGAGCCUAAAGAGAAGCAGAUCGGCUUUGAGGAGUCCGAGGUUCCUGUAAAUCGCUGCCUGAGGAGCAUCCUGGAGGUGUUCGCUCCUGCUCUCGCUGUGUUCAAAAAUAUUCAAAGAAAAGAAAGACUGGACUCGUAUCUGAAAACGAUCCAAGGGCGGAAAGAAAAUCCUCGUUAGUGUAUUUGUGGAGGAUCAGAGAACAGUACAUGGAACAGGAGUUUUGCCUAGGUUACAAACCCAAACUGUCAUCUUACGCUGGGAAAAUACGUCCAUUUGUUCAGAUAUAAUCCAAGAUUUUGAUUAUUUCUCAAUAUUUUGAGUCUUUAACGUUCACGGCUUCACACUGCAGCCCCGAUCAUGAAUGUUUUUUAAUCCAUUGUUUUGUUUCCACACUCGUCGACUGGCUGAUUAAGGACGUCUGUGCUGAAAAUACUCAGAAAAAAAAUAUUUACUGUUUUUUUAUUUCUUUUAUUGAUUUUUAAAACAAUACCUGCACAAAGCUGUAAAAUUUCUCCUAUUUUUGCAUAUUUGUCACACAGAAGUUUCAAAUCAAACUACUUUUAAUAUCAGACAGACUGAAAAAAUCAUUCCAACCUUCUGAGACCGCAUUCCAACAGAAGAACAUCGUACCAGGGUUUUUAAUCACACACGACUCCUACAUACAGGAGCAGCCGAAAGAAGAAAAGAAAUCUCAUUUUUUAUGUUUUUUUAGGUUUGACAGGGCAGUGGUAGCUCAGUAGUAAAGGUACUAGAUCAAAAGGUCACUGGUUUAAGCCCCACCACUGCCAAGCUGCCACUGUGUACUUUGGUGUCCUGCACAGAAAACUGAAGCUGAACGUUUUAAAGUUUAUGUUCCACUAAUUCAGUCACUGUAUAAGAUCAGCUGUUAAUAUUAAUAAAAUCCCAAGAAUAAAACUGAGCAUUUUAUCUUUUUUAUCACUCAUGUCAUGAUAUGAUUCCAGUAGUUUUCAGCAGUGUUGGACUUUGCCUCAUUAUGACGUCCACACACUUUAUUAUUCCAACCGCAGUGAGGGUCACAAGAACCUCGGUAAACUAACACAGAGCUCCACAAUCCAACCACCACAAAGGAUCCAGACUGACGAAGCUAUGGGUGCAAUAAAUCUCAGGUCUGUAUCCACCACUGCCAAACUGGAAGAAUGGGUCUCUGAUCCCAGAAUCAGCCAAAACCUGAUUGAUGACCUGAAGGAGAAGCUCGCUCAGGGUAUAAUGGAGGGUCUGGAGGAUUAUCUGAAAGACAUGAAGCUGAAAAAGAGUCUGUGGGUGUGUUCGAAAACCUAGGGAGCUGCCUUGCUGUCUUACUGUCUACAUAGGCAGCUGACUUAGUAGAGAGUAUUCUAAUAAGUCAGUGACUUAAAAGGCAGGUUAUUCGAACGCACUACUUAGAUAGCGAUAACAUCGGGUUUAGCAUUUCACGUUUAGCAUUUAGCAUCUUGCCAUUAAAACCAAUAAACUGAGGUAGCACAGCACGCUAACGUCAAUAACAUCUCCCUUCAUGUACCGAUAACGGUUAAAUUUCCUGACAAGCCCGAACUUGCAAAUAAAAACACUCGGUACAAGUUUAUACAAGUUAAAAAUCAGUAAUAUUUUAUUUACGUUUGAAAAUAACUCCAUUCGUUUCUCCGCCCCGUCAGCCAUGAAUGCUGGGAUUGUCUUGAUCACUAAGGCAGCGUCGGAGCUCACUCGUUCUUGAGCCAAAAUAACAUUGAAAUAAUAAGAUGCCUCAGAAGUGAGGAUUUUAAGGCAUCUAGGAUUUCGAACAGCCUCCUUCUCGGGAGCGCGCACAGGAUGACGUAAAAUGCUGCCUAUGUAGACAGCACACUAGCUUUUCGAACACACCCUGUGUCUCACUGCUGAUGACAUGGAUAAGAUUAGAAACAACGAUGAACUUGGGUGGUUCCUUGAUGUGAUGAACGGUACUAAAUUCCCUUUAGGUUUACUGGAUUUGUUUUUUCAGAAGGACACAGACCUACCGAAUCAUUUACAGGUGUGUGAGGUGGGAGAAUAAUAAUAAUAAUACUUUAAAUUUAUAUAGCGCCUUUCAAGAUACCCAAGGUCGCUUUACAUCGAACAAUAAACAGUUCAGUGAGGUACAAAAGAAAACAUAGUUAAUUGAAGAGAUGGGUUUUUAACAGAGAUGUAAAUUGUGGAAGUGAAGAGACAGAGCGAAGAGAAGAAGGGAGAGCGUUCCACAGAGUGGGGGCAGCCACACUAAAUGAUCUGCCACCCAAGGUUGACAGCCUAAAUCUAGGUGUGGCCAGCAGGCCAGCAUUGGAGGACCUGAGUGAACGCCUGGGUUUGUAAGGUGUCAGCAGAUGGUAGAGGUAGACCGGGGCAAGUCCAUGAAGGGCUUUAAAAGUAAGGAGUAGUAUUUUAAAUUGGAGGCGUUUAUGCACAGGGAGCCAAUGCAAUUGCUCCAAAACCGGGGUGAUAUGGUCGUGUUUUCGAGUGGAUGUGAGGAUCCUGGCCGCAGCAUUUUGAAUAAGUUGUAGAGGGCGUAUCGACUUGUUAGGAAGACCAUAGAGCAGUGAGUUGCAAUAGUCCAGCCGAGAAGUAACAAAAGCAUGGACCAAAAGCUCUGCUGUCUGAGGUGAAAUCAUGGGGCGAAGACGAGAAUUGUUACGUAGGUGGAAGUAAGCAGACUUUGUGAUGGAGCGGAUGUAGGGCUGAAAAGUUAGGAGAGGGUCGACUGUCACACCAAGGUUCCGUGCAGUAGCAGCAGGAAAAACAGAGGUGUUCCCAAUGAGAAGAACAGGGCAAGAGAAAGAGGAAAGUGCAGCUUUCGAGCCAAUAUACAGAAGCUCAGUUUUAUCAGUAUUUAAUUGAAGAUAAUUCACCCGCAGCCAUAGGAUGAGAUCUUGAAGACACCUGGAGAGAGCAGUAGGAGGAAAGGGAUCAGAGGGCCUAAGGCUAAGAUAAAUCUGUGUGUCGUCCGUGUAGCAGUGGAAUUUUAACCCGUGAUUUCGGAAAAUUUCACCCAGGGGAGAGAUGUAUAGAAUAAAUAGCAAUGGUCCAAGGACCGAGCCCUGCGGCACACCCUGAUGUAUGUAUGCAUUAUUUGAGACAUGGCACCCUAGCUGCACAAAAUGUUGCCUGUCAGAGAGGUAUGAUUUAAACCAUGCAAGUGGCAGGCCGGAAAGACCAAUAUUGGACAGUCUGGACAGAAGAAUAGUGUGGUUUAUAGUAUCAAAUGCGGCAGUGAGUUCGAGAAGUAGAAGCAUAGAGACCAGCCUUUUGUCAGCGAACAGAAGGAGGUCAUUUAAAACGCAAAGCAAUGCAGUCUCUGUACUAUGAUAUGGACGGAAACCAGAUUGAAAAUCUUCGAGCAGGUGAUUAGAAUUUAAGAAAUCAAGCAGCUGGGAUGCCACGACUCUUUCGACUGCAGCGAGUUUCCAUGAUGGAGGAACAUAGCCAGAAGAAAGUGAUAAAUUGACCAUGUGACAGAUAGGGGCAGCAAAAGCAGGCACAGAGGACUGAAGGAGGAAGGUAGGGAUUGGGUCUAGACGGGCGGAUGUGGUAGACUUUGACUUAGUGAUGAUUUGUGAAACUUCAGCAAAAUCAACUGGUAGGAACAAAGAGAAAAGUUCAGAACCAGGCACCAGCGAAAGAUGGGAUGGGGCAUAUGCAGGUGCACCCUGAAGCCCCCUAUAGAUAGUUGACACCUUGUCACUAAAAAAGUUAAGGAAGGCCUCACACAAACCAGGGGAAGGGACAACUGGGUCACUGGGGGGGCAUACUAGUUUUUUGACUGUGGUGAACAGCCGUUUAGGAUUUUGACCAGCUUUUUUAAACACCUCAGUGUAGUACAAACAGCGAGCUUUAUUUAGGGCCGCUUUAUAAUCGGCCACGUGGUCCGUAAAUGCCAAAAAAUGAACCGUGAGGCCAGAUUUCUUAUAACGCCGCUCUAGGCGCCGACCCAACGUUUUGAGGGCACGAAGCUCGCCGUUGAACCAGGGUGCAGAAUGAGAGGAAGGCACAAACCGGGACUUAAUCGGUGCCAGGGUGUCAAAAAUCCUUGCCAGUGUUGUGUUGUAUGAUAGUGUAGCCUCAUCGAGAGAGUGAAGUAAACAGAUGUCAUUGAAAUGAGACACACUAAGAAGAGUAGACAGGGAAGAGGGAUCAGCAGCAGAGAGAUUUCAGUAUGAACGUAGCAGUUUGGGAUGAGACUUGGGAACGGGUAAGGAGGCACAGAAGGAAAUAAAGAGGUGAUCAGAUAGGCCGGUAGAGUGCCCAGAGAAUUUACUGACAAUCCCAUUAUUAGAACAGAUGACAUCUAGAAUAUGACCAUAUUUGUGAGUUGGAAAAUAAAUAAAAAGUUGGAGAAGAACCCUCAGCCAGUAGUUCUGCACCUUCAGCUCUGAACAAGGACAAUGAAAAGCUUAGAAGAAAGGAAACACAGCACCGAGUUCUUCUGGAUUGGGCAAUGAAACUAUGUGAUGGGAGUGAGAAAGAGUUAAGCAAGGUUCUUGAGAACAUCUCAAUAAGAAAUGUGGUAGAACACAGUGAGUACCCAUUUCUUGUAGCAGAAAAAGUCAUGGUGUACAACGAACCACUAACUGAAGAACAAAAAAACCUCAUGAAGUACAAUAAAGUAGAAAUUGACAAACAAAAAAAUCCUGGUCAUCACUGAUGAAAAGAGAAACUCGGUCAAAAUGAUGAAUCUGAUUAAUUAUCAGAUGUUUUUGUGUGACAUUGACACAACAAUCAUGUUAAGGCCCGAAGAACCUAAAGAGCAGCACAUCAAGUAUAACGAGACUCUGGUUCCUACCAAUCUGUGUCUGAGGUGCAUUUUAGAGGUUUUCCUCCCCGCUCUGGCCGUCUUAAAAAAAAAACAGAGAAAAGAGAAGUUUUCACACCAGAAAACAAACGAGUAAUAAUAAACCUCAGUGAUCUCAGUUCAUCUCAGUGCACGUGGAACAUCAUUCUGUUCAUUUAUUUAUGUUUUAUAGAGUAAAAGUUUAUUUCCUGGAUGUGACCUGAAGUAAAUGUACAAUCUUCAAAACGCUUUGAUGAUUUUUACUUUUAGUGAAGAUGUUCUCUACAUUACUCUUUAUCACAUAUGUAACAUGAUUCAUGUGCACAAAUGAUAAAUGUGAUAUUCUUUUGUUUUCGCCGAGCGAAAAUCAGGGCAAAAAUCGUGUAGUGUGAACCAGGCAUAAUAUGUAAAAGAUAGUGGUGCUAAAUUCGGUUCAUUUUAUGGACUCAGGUUAAUCUGAGUCACUCAGUAAUGUGAUCCGGUUCACUUGAGUCAUUUGAGUCACUUGAGUCACUUUACUGACAUCUUGAUUGCGAUUGAUUUACUGCAUGAAAAUGCAUCUAGAUAUCACUUGUCCUCCGUGCUCUUGUCUUCUGUAAAUAAAUCCUUCUCUCUUAAUUCUCUUGUCUCCUCACACUUCUCCUGUCAGUGACAAGUUGACACUUUUUUCUAAGUGGAAUCUUGAUCAUGGGGGAGAGGGGGGUGGACUCACCUAGCAAUCAGAUGGGUAUAUUAAUGGGUCAAGGGUUCAAGGGGGAUGGUCAACAAUAAAUUGCCAUUUUAACUUCACCCAGUCAGGCAGCCACAGUGGCACAAAAACAAACAGUCAAUAAAUUACCAUGGGGGCUAUGAUACUCCUUAAGUGGUACAGUAAUUAAGUAGUCUGUAAGCAUUUGCAUGUUAAUAAUAAUAAUAAUAAUAUAACUAUAUUUUGUUGUUGUUCUGCUUACAAGGAAAUAUGCUGCAUUACUAAUCUACAUCACUACUACUGAUAAUAAUAAUAAUAAUAAUAAUAAUAAUAAUAAUAAUAAUAAUAAUAAUAACGUGCAUAAAAUCAGCCACAUAACGAACACCAGUGUGUUUAACCGCUUGUUUAUCAGAAUAUUUAUCUUAUUACUGAGAUUCACGGACUGGAGUGAAGCCGGUUCAGCCAAAUCAUCCCGGUGUUUCCGUGAGUCUGAUCACUGGUCUUGUGUACUUAACAGCAGCCAGUCAGAGGACUUAUAGGAUCCAGGUUCAUUGACAUCUCAGACUCGUGAUUCCUGAUUCAGUACAAAGAUUCGAAUCAUUAACCCGGGUGAUUCAGGAACCACCCAGCUCUAGUUUGCACACACACACACACACACAAACACACACACACACACACACACACACAAGUCCAAUUUUUGAUAAAACGGGAGAAAGGUACUGAAUGUAGCCGAGAAAAAAACUGAAACGUAAGUAUCGAUCCCAUCACGUUGGUAUCGAUCCGAUUCCAGUACCAACGUUGGUAUCGAUACUAUCGAUAUUUGGAUCGAUCCACCCACCACUAGUGUGAGAAUAAUAGAAUAAGGAAGUUACUUCUGAGCUCUACAAUCCAGCCACCUGAAAGGUAAGUGAAGAUUUACCACAAACAACAGCUUCUAAAAUCAGAACUUUGUGUUUUUAAAGCUCUACAGGUUUAAUAAUGAAGAUUAAUUGGUGUUUUAAGUUUACUUAUGUUCACACUACACGACUUUCCAAGUGGUCAGGUCGCUGUACAGUUCUCACUACACGACUGGAUCUCUUGUAAUCGGGAGUCUUUCAGGUCGGUGUGUAUUUUACACUACACGACUGAUGGGUGAUAGGGGGUUUCACACACUACACCAUCUAUCACCAACUGGAAUCGCAGGCGAGCUUCUCUGCUCUCCCAAACUACGUUCUGUCACAAAAACAAACGUGAGAAGUGACGAGGGGUUUAAUGAUACCACGUCCAAAAAUGCACGUCAACAAGUAGCGAGCGAUCAAAGUUUGUGUGCUGAUGUGCAGCGUAAAAUCAAAGAGAAAAAUAAAUGAAUCUGAGUGGAUUUGGCAACACGACCAGCAUGGAUUGUUCUGUAGUGAGUUGGAGGUUAAUAAAUAUUGUUUGCAAUGCAGCGUGGGUGUUUUGUAGAGAACGAUAAGGUCAGAAAUACUGUAAAGGUUGUGUGUGUGCUGAUGUAUUCUGAUAUAAACUAUAUUACGCCCCUGUCCCACCUGUUUACACUCCUCCCCUGCGUUUCCCCUCACACCGUAUUUUGCGUUCCCAUUGGCUGUUUGACACAGCACUCAUUGCCAGUCGGGCAACUCAGAUUCAAAUAUCUGACAUGCUAGAUAUCUCUCUUCAGUCGUUUGGAUCGAGUUGUUGAGUAGUUCACACAUAGCGAUUGAGAGUCGAGUUUCAAUCGCAGAGCGAACGCCGAGUUGCUCCCGAGCGCCGACCAGAAAAUCUGGGCAAAAGUCGUGUAGUGUGAACCAGGCAUAACUUUCAUUAGACGGAAAGUAAAAACUCUGUUUAGUCUAGAAAUAUGAUUAGCUGAAAAGUUUACAGUUUUAUGUUUAUAUUUUCCAUGUUCUUAAAGUUUUUUUUGUGUUGAUUCUGUCGCUGGAAAUAAAACAAAUAAAAAGUAUGUGGAUGCCUGAAACACAUUAUUGACGAUUCUGUUUGGCUUUCUGUGACAUUAGUGUGACAAAAAUAAUGACCAGAGCAUGAAAGCAAGUUUAAAUAAACCAAGACUUGUUAAAUAGAUUUAAAAAUAGUAAAACUUUAAAGUAAAAUACACCCACACACACACACAGGAAAUCUACAGAGAACUUCACACGUGUUGGAGGAGGCAGCGCUGCUGUGUAACCGGCGCCAAAGUGCACAGAAUUCAAUCCUAACUGAGACACUGUGAAGGAAAACCUCUCUAUUACACACACACACACACACACACACACACACACACACACACACACACACACACACACACACACAAAUACAAACCCAAGUUAAACCAGAGGGAAAACUGACAAUUUUUUUCAAUUUUGAUAAAAAAAUUUUUAAACCUGUGUUCAAUUAAAAUAGUCCAAAAACAAGAUUUGUUUUAUGUACCAUGGAUUCAGAGAUUGCGAUCUUAGCGCAGGUCCCAAGCCCGGACAGAAAUAGGAGGGUUGUAUCAGGGUAUUUGGGGAAAAACUGUGCCAAGUCUGAGGACCAGAUUUUUCCACACUGGGUCAUUUGAUUUUAUAUACAGUACAAGACAAGAACUGUAUUAUUUAAACAAAUACGCUAAAAUUAAAUAAAUCAGGAAGGAGCAAAUUCUUUUUCAUGCUGUAUUUAUGGUUUAGUCUGUAUUUUAUUGAAUUUUUUUUUUCAUUAUGUGCAGGAUCCAGACUAAUGUAGCUAUGGCUGCACUAACUGAAAUCAUUCAGUGUGACAAACAUACAGUAACUGAGACUUUCAAACAGACGGGGGGCCAAAAGGUUCUUACAGCACUGUAGGUGUACAUGUGCGUUUAUGCCUGGUUCACACUACACGAUUUUUGCCCUGAUUUUCGUUCGCGACUGGUCAGCGCUAGAUUUGCCGGCUCGGGAACAACUCGGCUUUCGUCAAAGCGAGAUUUCUAGUAUGUCAGAUAUCUGAUCUGAGUUGCCCAACUGGCAGUGAGUGUUGAACAGCCAAUAAGAACGCAAGAUCUGGUGUGAGGGGAAACGCAGGGGAGGAGUGUAAACAGGUGGUACAGGGGUGUAAUAUAGUUUAUAUCAGAAUACAUCAGCACACACACGAGUUUUACAGUAUUUCUGACCUUAUUGUUCUCUACAAAACACCCACGCUGCAUUGCAAACAAUAUUUAUUAACCUCCAACUCACUAUAGAACAAUCCAUGCUGGUCGUGUUGCCAAAUCCACUCAGAUUCAUUUAUUUUUCCUCUUUGAUUUUACGCUGCACAUCAGCACACAAACUUUGAUCGCUCGCUACUUGUUGAGUGUAUUUUUGGACGUGGUAUCAUUAAACCCCUUGUCACUUCUCACGUGUGUUUUCGUGACAAAACGUAGUUUGGGAGACCAGAGAAGUUGGUGAUCCAGUUGGUGAUAGAUGGUGUAGUGUGAAACCCCCUAUCACCGAUCAGUCCUGUAGUGUGAAAUACAGACACACCUGAAAGACUCCCGGUUACAAGAGAUCCAGUCAUGUAGUGUGAACUGUACAGCGACCUGAUAACUCGGAAAGUCGUGUAGUGUGAACUUGGCAUUAGUUAUCUUACAAUAAAUGUUUUAUGUUGAUGAUUUUUUUACUAUCUGAAAAUUGUCUAAAUUUAAAACAGAUCUCAGGUCUGUAUCCACCAUGGCCAAACUGGACGAAUGGGUCUCUGAUCCCAAAAACAGCCAGAAUCUGAUUGAUGACCUGGAGAAGAAGCUCGAUCAAGGUGAAAUGAAGGCUCUGGAGGAUUAUCUGAAAAAUAAGAAGCUGAAAAAGAGUGUGUUUUUAUGCUGAUGACAUGGAUAAGAUUAAAAACAACGAUGAACUUGGGUGGUUCCUUGAUGUAAUGAACGACACUACAUUCCCUUUAAGUUUACUGGAUUUGUUUUUUCAGAGGAACACAGACUACAACCCGUCGAAUCAUUUACAGGCAUGUGAGGUGGGAAAAGAACCCCUUAGCCAGUAGUUCUGCACCUUCAGCUACGAACAAGGACAAUGAAAAGCUUAGAAGAAAGUGCAGGAGCGAGUUCUUGUGAAUUGGGCAAUGAAACAAUGUGAUGGGAGUGAGAAAGAGUUAAACAAGGUUCUUGAGAACAUCUCAAUUAGAAACAUGGUGGAAAACAAAGAGUACCCAUUUUUUGUAACUGAAAAUGUCAUGGUGUACAACAAACCACUAACUGAUGAGGAAGAAUCAGGAAGUAGGUUCUACAGCCAAGCACGUAGAGAACGUAAAAUUCUGGUCAUCACUGAUGAAAGGAGAAACUCGGUCAAAAUGAUGAAUCUGAUUCAUUAUCAGAUGUUUGUGAGCAACAUUCACACAACAGUCAUGUUAAGUACUAAAGAACCUAAAGAGCAGCACAUCAAGUAUAACGAGACUCUGGUUCCUACCAAUCUGUGUCUGAGGUGCAUUUUAGAGGUUUUCCUCCCCGCUCUGGCCGUCUUAAAAAAAAUGCAGAGAAAAGAGUUUGUUUUCACAGUUUAAGUUGUUUUUACACCUGAAAACAUGUAAUAAUAAACCUCAGUGAUCUCAGUUUAUCUCAUCAUCAUUCCCUCCACUCAUUUAUGUUUUACAGAAUAAAAGUUUAUUUCCUGGAUGUGACCUGAAGUAAAUUUUACUUUUAGUGAAGAUGUUCUCUACAUUAUUGUUUAUCACAUAUGUAACAUGAUUCAUGUGCACAAAUGAUAAAUGUGAUAUUUUCUUUUGUCUUCUUUCAAUAAAGUAAAGACACACCGCUCA